AACAAGUGGAGCAUUCGAUCAAACCUACCUAUCAAUUAUCACUUCAUACGAUAAAUUGCAAAAUAGCAAUUGGUGUAUAAAAUAUAUGUUUCGACAUGCCUGUUGCUGAAGAAUUUCAGGCUUCCUGGGCUGAUGAGGUCGAGAUUGACCAAGGUGUACUUCCACCACCUUCUGAAGUGGUUGAAAAUGGACUAAAAAUUGUUACGGAAUAUAAAUACGACAAUGAUAACAAGAAAGUGAAAAUUGUCAGGACAUACAAAAUUGAAAAACGUGUUGUUUCAAAGAGUAUUGCCAAACGUAAAACUUGGAGCAAAUUUGGAGAUUCAGCCAGCGACAAGCCUGGGCCUAACCCUGCUACUACUAAUGUAGCUGAAGAUGUCUUCAUGCAGUUCAUCACCAGUAAGGAAGAGAGUCAACGCCCAGAUGACGGGGAGCUUGAUGGUCUUAAGCCACCAUCCAGCAAUGUUAUCUUUAAGUGUCGUACAUGUCAAGGAGACCAUUUGACAUUGUAUUGUCCAUUCAAGCACACUCAAAUUGCACAAGCUAAAGCUGCUGAAGCUGCCAAAGCUGCAGAGGCAAAAGUUGCUGCUAGCAACAAGUACAUUCCGCCCUCGUCUGCGGGACGUAUACCUGGUCGUGAUCAGCCCCCUGUGCGUCGUGAAGACGUAACUGCCAUCCGUAUAUCAAACCUUAGCAAUUUUGCAGUUGAAGCUGAUAUUGAUGACCUUGUCAAAGGUUUUGGCCCUGUGCAUAAACUGUACCUUGCGAAGGAAAAAAGUACUGGACAUUGCAAAGGAUUUGCUUAUGUGCACUUCAAGUUCAGGGCAGAUGCUGCGAAAGCAAUUCAAUCACUUAAUGGUCAUGGUUAUGAUCAUCUGAUUUUGAACGUGGAAUGGUCUAAGCCUCCACAAAACAAUUAAAAAGUUCCAUUUGUACACAAACUUAAAUAAAUACAUUUAUAUU